AUGCCUGGACACAUCUCAUCCGAGCAUUCUCGCUCCGCGUCACGAUCCUCACAAACCCCGCGACUGUCUCAAGGACAGGCCGUCGAUGCCAUGCCUCGCCAUUCCUUCGGUCGCUCCUCCCGUGCCUCUAAUCCCAAUGUCUUCUCAGACGAGUACUCAUUAGAAGCAAUCGAUCCCGAUCGAAUCGAACGCGCUCCCAGUCCUUCUUCCAUCGCCUCCUCCACGACCCUCCGCUCCAAUCAACAACAGCCGAAGACGUUCAACACGGUCACAGCCGACAAUGAGAACCCUUUUGCCGAUGAAGCCCGGGUCUCACUCGAGGAGGCUCAUCGAUCAAGUCUUCCUCAGAAGGGAGCCGGCUUCUCAGCCAACCGCAAUUCCAUCGCCUCUACCACCACCACCCCCUCGAUGAUUCAACGCAACCAAAGCAUCUCCUCCCGUUUCUCGAUGCCCCGUGCCCUCAGUCCCUACACCGGAGCCACAGGGCCCAGUCAUCCAUAUGCUAUGUACCCCCAAGUAGGCGUCAGUCGAUCACCUAGCGUGGGGAGUUCAUCGACAAUUCGUCAGGCUGACCGUCCUCUGGGCGAGACGAGUGGCCCCCAGCAUCCGUACGCGAUGUAUCCGCAGAAUGUGGUCGAGGAAGGAAUGGAUGAUACCGCGAUCCCGCUCGGGUUUCCAGGCCACAAUCCACCCUACCAGCCACCCGUUGGUCGCCGUGACGAUGAUGUGGGUGAUAUCAUUGGGCCCGAUGGUCACACUGAGCCACUACCUCCCUACUCUCGCUACCCAACUGGCGCGGUUCCCAAGCCUUCAGGGGCCGAGGCCAUGGCGGAUACCACCACGGCAUCAGAUGAGCAUCAAUUAAAUCCUGCAUCAGGGGACCCCCCUGUCUCAGAAGUCUCGUCGCGGGCCCUCGUUCCGGAAGCUGUCCCGAGUCAUGAACGUGGCGCGGACGAACCAGCUCCCACCACAGGCGUUAUGGCCUUUGAGGAAAAGCUGAAGCGCAAAGGCAAGCAGACCGCAUGCUGCGGGUUGCCUGUUUGGACUUUAGUCCUCGUCGGGACGGUGAUGCUGAUUGGAGGCUGUAUUGGCGGCGUGAUCGGCGGCGUCUUGGGAACCAAGAAAGCCGCAGAUUCCGAAAAGACAGAGCAAUCUCCGUCAACCCAGGGCCCCCCUGUCCGCACAGUAACAACGUCUCCCCAGUUGGAUGCCUCCCUGAUGACGACCACCCCACCGAACCUCAAGACGGUGCCUACCGGCCACUUCAUGAUCCCCUCUGUUGUCCACAAUUCCUCGGAUUUCUGUAUCGACGACCAUCAUUAUCGGCGUGCCUGGGCGUGCCAGAAUGAGCCUAAAGACUUCGAGGUUCAUAUUGGCGGACGUGAAGGUCAUCACUCGAUCAUCUUUGCAAACAACGGUCCCAGUCCGACGUUUACAUAUGGUGCACAAGAACCGCUCCUUCCUCACCCCACACAAAGCUUAAGCAUGGCGGUGGAUACAAGCGAUGUUGGCAUGGGCCCUGCCCUGUUUUUCUUUGCCUUGUUCGACAAGCUGGUCAUUGUUCCGGAAGAAACGUUCUCAAGCAACUCUUUGUCGGGGCGAUCGUUCUUCAAAGACAACAAGAUGGUGGGAGAUUUACGAAACCGCAAGCAGACUGCUCAACCCGGUGAAAGACCCUGGUUCUGUUGGUGGAACAGCACCACAUUGGAGUUUUUCAUGUAUGUCAACCAGUCGUCAGCGAAUAACGGGGACAGCAGUACUGCAGCCACCGAUAGCAACAUGGCUGCUAUUACUGCUGGCUCUCAUUCCAACUCCAAACGCGGUGACCCUACCCUCGACUAUCCCCGGCGGAUCAAAAUGGAGGAACGACGCGACUACGCAGACGCCGAAGCGCCUUAUUGCCAGCAGAUGCAGGUGAUGGAGAACAACAAGAUCGGAGUUCUCUCGGGUGAAAUGUUCAACGUGAAAGAGAUCGAACCCACGCCAACCACCACCUAUGUCAAUCACGAUGACUCCAGUCAGACCUAUACGGCCCGGGCACACUACGCGAGUGCCUGUUACUGUCAAUCUCUGACUGAUUAG